AUGGACCACAAAACGAGGCUGCGAAAGGCCUGCGAUGCCUGCAGUAUUCGUAAAGUAAAGUGUGAUAACAGUGGGCCACCUUGUCGGUCCUGCGCUAGCUUGGAUAUCCCUUGCACCUAUGAGAGGCCAAGCAGACGUCGUGGGCCGCCCAAUCGCCAUGCGGAGGCUCUGAAGAAGCAAAAGCUCGAGUCCCCGUCAGCAGACGCAUCGCCAGGGAGCAUCACAGACUACCCGCAGGCGAGCACGCCUAAGGCCUCUUCCUAUGCGUCAAGCAUCCCCCAACCAACGCCAUUUGCCUCCUCAGCAGAAGCUAUCUGCUCGCUGCAUACCGUGCAGUUGUUACUCGAUGACUUUUUUACUUACAUUCACCCUUUGGUUCCCAUCCCCCACGAACCUUCUUUUCGCGCGGCAUUUGAGCGCCGCGAAGAUGCCACUAGUGGUACAUUUCUGGCCCUGCUGGCCUCUAUGAUCGGAUUCCUGGUUGCAUCCUUUCCGAGACGACCAAAACUUCGCCUCAACACUGAAGCAGAGCGCUCCGCAUUUCCAAACUCAAUAGCCCUGGUCAAGCGGUGCCAUGAAGUUGCCAUUCAGGCCCGAGGUACCGGAUAUCUCGAUCGGAAUGCAACAGUAUACGACGCAGCCAUCAGCUAUUUUCUAGGUGUCUGCUCUGGCUACAUUUAUAGCAUGCGACGCUGUCGUACCUACCUAGCGGAAUGUCGCACUAUGCUUCAGGUUUACGACCUCUGUCGCUCGCCAACAAAUCUGCCAACUCCCGGAAUGCUAAGCGCAAGCAGUCAUAUGUCAGUUGACCAGCCAGUUGCAGGCUUAACGGAAAGCAACAAAGUCGACUUGAUCACGCAAGAGCUAGGCAGGCGACUUUUCUAUGUCUCCCUAGUUGGGUAUCAGACACUGCAUCAAAUUGGAUCUCAAGAUUACAGGGUUCACAUAGCCCCAGAAACUCCAACAGACCGGUAUCCACCACUUCCGCUGGAGGUGGAUGAUGAGUUCAUCUUUGCAACCCACGUCAACCUGCAGCCAACUGGCCGAGUAUCCCAACUAGUCGGGUUCAACGCGAACGUGCAGAUCUACAGCUCCUACAACUCUAUACUAGCGUGGGAAAUCGCUUUCGGCAGCGGUCGGGUAUUCGACUGGGAGCACCAACGCUCCACACUGUGGGAGUGUCUUGAAAAGACCAAAUCCGCAUUGCUUGAAACUCCUCCGGAGCUUUCUCUUCUUCAUCCGAAAAGAAACCCAUCUGCGUUCAUGUCUGAGGAUGGCUCCGUGUUCAGUUAUCCGGAUGAUCAUAUCCAUCAGGAACGACGCGCAAUCCAGUACGAAAUACAGAAAGCCAAUAUCUACGCAAGUCAGUUGUGUACAAGGUCAUAUCUGGUUGAUAAGUAUUGGAAUCUGUUUGAGAUAUUCAGCAAAUAUGGGAACUCGGAUCGAGUGCCAGCUGCGAAUUCUGUUGCGCAGAUCAAGGUGGAGAAUCCAUCGGAUGCACAGGAUGGGACUACUGCCACCUCGUCUCAGAAUACAUCAGCUGUGCACCAUGCACAAACAGACUACAUCGGUCGCAUGAUGGCAGAAGAGCGCAAGCUGGUCAUCAAAGACUUAUUCGUGCUCCUACGAACCGUCAACGAAGUCAAUAUGGAACCCAAUGGUGCCAGCAUAACAACCAAAAUCCGCCAAGUAGCAUCCACCCUCCUCAACAUGCCCAGCCACCACCCAGCAUCAAAAUCACCCGCCGCCCCCGACGAGCCCUCACCAAAGUCACACCCACCCGAGACAACAACCACCUCCUUAUCAGGUCUGCACGUUCUCACCGCAGCAGAAGCAGAAUCCUAUCUCCACGCUUUCAUCGAUACUCUUGUCAGACUGGAAGGCCAUUCAUCUGCUACGACUGAUUCCGGCAGCAACGCCGAAGGUGUGAGCCCUCGUACGAAUGGACGAGCCAUGAGUUACCUCAGUGACUAUGAGCGUGAUCAGGAGGAAUUGAGCCAGUGGGCGAAUCUGAGGGAGUAUCAGCAGAAGUUUGCUGAGGCAGGGGUGUUUUUGUCGGAGCUGUAG